CGAGUUGCUGGGGCGUGCUAGCUGCGGUCCCUGCGGAAGCUUGUCCGCGUGCUCCCGCCCUCGGCCCGCGCCCCCGGCUCCUCCCUCCUCCCGACUUUCUCCCCGGCCGGCUGCUCGGGAGGGAGGCAGAGAUGGCAGACGAGAUCGCCAAGGCUCAGGUCGCCCGGCCUGGCGGCGACACGAUCUUCGGGAAGAUCAUUCGCAAGGAAAUCCCAGCCAAAAUCAUUUAUGAGGAUGACCAGUGUCUUGCUUUCCAUGACAUUUCCCCUCAAGCACCAACACAUUUUCUGGUGAUACCCAAGAAACAUAUAUCCCAGAUUUCUGCAGCAGAAGAUGAUGAUGAAAGUCUUCUUGGGCAUUUGAUGAUUGUUGGCAAGAAAUGUGCUGCUGAUCUGGGCCUGAAGAAGGGCUAUCGAAUGGUGGUGAAUGAAGGUUCAGAUGGGGGCCAGUCUGUCUAUCAUGUUCAUCUCCAUGUUCUUGGAGGUCGGCAGAUGAACUGGCCUCCUGGUUAAGCAUGCUAUACGGAUAAUUUUGCCUUCUCUAUGCAGUGGUCAGGUUUGCAAGUUCUAAUAUGCUUAACAAUUUUUUUUUUUUUUGGCCUAUGUAUGGAGAUAUUGAAGAAAAAAUUAAAAAAACUCAUACAUAAUAAAAGACAUUGUUGAAUGGUCUGAA